AUGCCUCCUGGACGGAAGAGGAGGACGAAGGCCCUCGCUGGAAGCGGAGAAUCCGCCGCUUCGACAGUCGUGGAUGACUCCACGUCGGGCGGUGAGGGUGAAGCUACGGGAGCGACGGGAGUAAGGUCUCCACCGCGGAGCAAGGCGCGUUUGGGGUCGCCGCGUAAAGAGGGCGGAAGUGAGGGAGGGAGCGGUAGUUGUGGCGGGAGUGCCGAUGUGGCCUCCGCUGAGAAGGCGGUUACGCGAGCUGGGUCGCCGCGUAACGUAGGGGGAAACGAGGGAGGGAACGGUGGUUGUGGUGGGAGUGCCAUCGUGGCCACCACCGAGAAAGCGGAUGCGCGGAUUGGGUCGUCGCGUAACGAGGGAGGUAGCGGUAGUGGGAGCGUGGCCCAUCCGUCUAGUACGGUGGGCAAAGGAGUGGGCGUCGCGAAGGAGGGCGCUGCGAAAGCUGUCACUCGUGUCGCGAGUGGCAAUAAAGAGGGAACGCGGGCCCUUCCAAGGGGAGCUGUUGUUGUUGGGGGUGGGGCAGUCAGCCAUGUGGCGGCUGCAAAACGAAUUACUGGGGAGCUCAAUGAGCUGGUCUUUGAGGCCAAGAGCUUUGAUAGGGGGACCGCGAAGGGGCUGAUGGAGCUUGCCUCAAAGUAUGAGGCGCUCUUGAUGACGGUUAUUACCGAGAUGCCCAUCUUCGCGGUCAGGUAG